AUGGAAGCGCAGGCGUCGAAGCCUGGAGUGGGAGAGGAGCAGAAAGGGUCAAGAAAUCCCAAUGGGACAGGUCCUUCGAAUCCUAAUAUCCGAGGCCUUGUGGUGAUUGUGCCUGACAGCUCCGUCAAGGAAUCCGACAAGAAGGCAAUUCGAAAAGAUCAGUGUGUGGUAUCAGCCGGUGGCCGGGACACGCAGGUCGACGAGGUUCAGCUGAUGAACCCUAAGACCUACGAGGAGGGUGGUAUCACCCACGAGUGCCGCUCGAUGUGGCUUCUCGGGCAUAACACGUCUUUGUUAUUGGCCUGCGGCAGUGGGCAGCACCCGAACUGUGUGAACUUCGCCAAGGGCUUUAUAGCAAGUUGCGUGAAUAAACUAAUCGCCCUCAAGGAUCCUUUUAAGAUCUACGCCACCAUGGUCUCGUUCAAAGACGGCAAAACAAUCAAAGAUUUGCUUGACGAUAAGAAAAAGUCCUAUGAUGCGCUGCAGGAGGCGAGCUCACCCAUCUACGGCCCCGCGAUUGGUAAUCUUCAAGUUAUGGAAAUCACUGAUGUUGCAGGGUCUGCGAAAGCUAUUGAUAAGUGCAUCUCAACUGGUGCAGAUCCCAAGGAGCUUGUCUGUUGUUUUUUUGUUCUGAAACAAAUAAAGAAGUCAAACGACAGGACAGUUUGCUAUCUUUCUUCACUUAACAUCAGCUUUUCUGGGGAUUGUGGACAGCACUACCUCGAUAUCAAAGACAAAAAGGCGAAUGUUCCUUUCAAUCUUUAUCGUUAUUCUAUUGGUGGUGGCAGUAUGUCUGCAUGCGUUGCUUGCAUUAGCGAAAAAGACGACUCAGUCAUGAGGGUGAUUGAUGCAUGCAACAAAAUGCGGGAAGUAAAGAACUCGCCACCGCGGAGCGGCAACGUUCUGCGCUUUGUAGAAUUCACUCGAGGUGAGGUUGGGAAGUGCAAGGAAAAGCUUGAGAAGGCAGAUAACGAUUCAACUAAGAAAGCCUGCAAGAACAUAUUGGAUCGUAUGGAACUUAUGUUGAAAGAUUCGGAGGCACUGCUGGCUAACCCCGAUAAAGUGAAACCUUUGGCUUACUCAUAA